UGGAGUCAAGAACAAGCAGGUGUCCCACCGUGCCAGAGACCGCUGCCUAACCCUGCCUCCAGCUUUCCCCCCCUUCUGCGAUACGUCUGUGAUCAACCACGGCACAGAGGCGCCAGCAGCCCGCCUCUGACAGACAUCAGCCUCACAGCUCAGCAGGCUGCUCUUGGUGGAGGCAGUCACAGCAGCCAGCAAGCAGCCUCAGCAAGAAGAUUUGCUGGGGUGAAGAGGGCAGGUAUUGCCAGCCCUGGAGAAGAAGGGCCCUGGUGGGCCUCAGCCCAUCACAGGGAAGCCCUCUGGCCACGGCAGACGGCACCAUGUGGGCCCCAGGGUGUCAUCGGUUCUGGUUCCACUGGGGGCUGCUGCUGCUCCUGGGGGCACCCCUUCGAAGCCUAACACUGCCACCCAUCCGAUAUUCCCAUGCGGGCAUCUGCCCCAACGACAUGAACCCCAACCUUUGGGUGGAUGCCCAGAGCACCUGCAAGCGAGAAUGUGAAACUGACCAGGAAUGUGAGACCUACGAGAAGUGCUGCCCCAAUGUGUGUGGGACCAAGAGCUGUGUGGCAGCCCGCUACAUGGAUGUGAAAGGGAGGAAGGGCCCUGUGGGUAUGCCCAAGGAGGCCACGUGUGAUCACUUCAUGUGUCUGCAGCAGGGCUCUGAGUGUGACAUCUGGGAUGGACAGCCCGUGUGCAAGUGCAAAGAUCGCUGUGAGAAGGAGCCCAGCUUUACUUGUGCCUCUGAUGGCCUCACCUAUUACAAUCGAUGCUACAUGGAUGCUGAGGCCUGUUCCAAGGGCAUCUCCUUGGCUGUGGUCACCUGCCGCUACCAUUUUACCUGGCCCAACACCAGCCCUCCACCACCUGAGACCACUGCACAUCCUACCACGGCCUCUCCGGAGACUCUGGGGCUGGACAUGGCGGCCCCGGCCCUGCUCAACCAUCCUGUCCAUCAGUCAGUCACCGUGGGUGAGACCGUGAGUUUCCUCUGUGAUGUGGUGGGCCGGCCCCGGCCCGAACUCACUUGGGAGAAACAGCUGGAGGAUAGAGAGAAUGUGGUCAUGAGGCCCAACCAUGUGCGUGGUAACGUGGUGGUCACCAACAUUGCCCAGCUGGUCAUCUACAAUGCCCAGCCCCAAGAUGCUGGCAUAUACACCUGUACAGCUCAGAAUGCUGCUGGUGUCCUAAGGGCUGACUUCCCAUUGUCAGUGGUCAGGGGGGGUCAGGCAAGGACCACCUCAGAGAGCAGUCUCAACAGCACGGCUUUCCCAGUAACUGAGUGCCUAAAGCCCCCGGACAGUGAGGACUGUGGAGAGGAGCAGACGCGCUGGCACUUCGAUGCCCAGGCUAACAACUGCCUCACGUUUACCUUUGGCCACUGCCAUCGCAAUCUCAACCACUUUGAAACCUAUGAGGCCUGCAUGCUGGCUUGUAUGAGUGGGCCUCUGGCCACAUGCAGCCUGCCUGCCCUGCAGGGGCCCUGCAAAGCUUACGUGCCACGCUGGGCCUACAACAGCCAGACAGGCCUCUGCCAGUCCUUCGUCUACGGUGGCUGCGAGGGCAAUGGCAACAACUUUGAAAGCCGUGAGGCCUGUGAGGAGUCGUGUCCAUUCCCGAGGGGCAACCAGCACUGUCGGGCCUGCAAGCCACGGCAGAAACUAGUCACCAGCUUCUGUCGAAGUGAUUUCGUCAUCCUGGGCAGGGUCUCCGAGCUGACUGAGGAGCCCGACUCAGGCCGUGCCCUGGUGACCGUGGAUGAGGUCCUCAAAGAUGAGAAGAUGGGCCUCAAGUUUCUGGGCCGGGAGCCGCUGGAAGUCACUCUGCUUCACGUAGACUGGGCCUGCCCUUGUCCCAAUGUGACAGUGAGCGAGACGCCGCUCAUCAUCAUGGGGGAGGUGGAGGGUGGCAUGGCCAUGCUGAGACCUGACAGUUUCGUGGGCGCUUCGAGCACACGGCGGGUCAGGAAGCUUCGUGAGGUCAUGCACAAGAAAACCUGUGAUGUCCUCAAGGACUUCCCCGGCUUGCGCUGAAGCUGGCCAUCUACCCUGACCCUCCUCCACCCACCCACCCCUGCCCUCAGUCAUCCACUGGGUGAGAUCAGAUUAGGCAGCCACGGCCAGUGGGAAACCUCAGCUAACAUGUGGGAAGAAAGUCAUCAUAGGUCUGGAAAGGAUCUCUAUUCAAUAGACGGUCCAUAUCUUUUUUAGCUGGCGAGGAAGUUGGCAAAAGGUGAAGAAAAGUCACAUGUAAGUUAUUUCCAGUGAGGGGUCCCCUCAGGUAGUCCCACCCCCCCCUUUGCUGACCCAGGUCCCUCUGCCCAGUCUCCUAGCCAGGGGUCAGAAAGAGAUGACAUCUACAUUGUUACAUGAUUUAGCUUGAACAAGGGGUAUGUGGGAAGAGAUAAGAGAGUCCAAGGAUUGCUUAAGAUAACCUCCCCCACUGCCCCCUGCAUCACUGUAAACAGAGACUGCCUCUCAUUAAGGGCAGUGGGAAGCCUUGAGCACCAUCCAACCCAGAAUAUAACCUAUUCUAACGGAGGUCGCAGGGACGGCUGCCUUUGGUGGGGUCAGUUUGUGCCCCUGAGGUCACCACACCAGCAAAAAUCCAUGUUUCCUCUCCAUGGCUGCAUUGGUUUGUUGGUUUGCUUCUGUUCAUUUCGGCUCAGUGGACACUUCCUGGGUGCCAGGACCAUAGAGAAUGGCUCAGCUCCUCUAGCAGAGCCAAAACACAAAGUCCUGAUCCUAGGCUCCCCCAGGAGCCAGUGAGUGAUUGGCAGCAGUCAGCCACUUCCAUCUGAUGGAUGGUGUGCUUUCAUAUGCCAUGGACUUCCUUGGAGAAGCUCCAGGAUCUGUUUUGGUAGCAAGAGAAGAAAGACAUUUGGCAGGAGGGGCAGGGGACAGCCCGGGAGUCAGAGUGGAGGCGGGCCCAGAGAGAAGGAACAUUGCUCGAUGCUGCCCUCUGGUGGUGAGUAUGGGUGUCUGCAUAGAUCGGGAGGGAGGAACCAUCUAGGUGGGGCCUGGGAGGGGCCUUUUGGAGACGGCAGCUCUGAGAUCACUUGUUUUUUCUGGUCCCAGCCACACAGGCACUGGGUAGAGGAUCUGGAACCCCUCUAUCAUCUCUGCAUCUGUCCUGUCCCCUCUUCAGCCCCUCAUUCUGUCCACAUCCCUCCAAAGGAGGCAUUGUGGGAUGUCCUAAUGUCUUCCUCAGAUAGGAAGAGG